CAUCUUGGUGCCAGGAUAACAACCUCCAUCUCAACGUCAGCAAAACCAAGGAGCUGAUUGUGGAUUGCAGGAAGCAGCAAAGAGAGGGACACGCCCCCCAUCGCCAUCAGUGGGACUACGGUAAAGAGAGUCAGCAGCUUCAGGUUCCUCAGUGUCCAUCACGGACACGGCUGCAUCACGGCCUGGUACGGCAGCUGCACCGCCCUCAUUCGUAAGGCUUUCCAAAGGGUGGUGAAAACUGCACAGAACAUCACCAGGGCGGAGCUGCCAUCCAUGGAGAUGCAGGCGUUCCUUCACAAGAGGAGAGAUGAGAUUCACACCACUCAACAGGAAAUCAAACAUCUAUCUGAAGGACUGCAAAGUCUGCAUGAGGAGAAGAACCGCUCCCUGACGGACAUCAUGGUGCAGGUGCUGCUCAAACAGGGCCAGGUGGAGGUGUACACCACCGAGCUGACCCCCGACUACACCGACUGUGUGCAUCUCCACAGGACCGUAGUGGAGGACCUCAACAGAACCAUCAGGACACAGGGAGAUCAGAAGAUUGCCUCCAUGGUGGAGUAUAAAGAUUUCCGUAAGGGGAUCAUCAGGCAGCAGUGGGAGCACAGGAUGUUGACGAUGCAGAUAGAAGACUUCAACAACAAGGCGAGAGACGCCCAGAUGUUACGGCUUUCUGAGGAGCAACAGGAGUAUCUCAACAAGACAGAUCAUGGCAGUCGGGUGUCACACCAGGUUAAAUUCUGGAAAAAACUGUAGCUUUCCAGGAAAAGUAAACAAAAGUUGCUAUGUAACCUCAUGAAUAAGCUUUGCAUUGUGUACUUUAAAUACCUGACCGUUAAAUGAAUAUACAUAUUGUGUUCUACUUUUAGACUCAUCGCCAGAGUGUGCAGCAUCGCAUAAAAAAGAUUGAACAGCUUAAAAGGCAGGCAGCAAUGAAAGCUGAGAAGAACACAGCUGUAGAAGAGAAGCUACCCAAUAUGCAGGUGACGAUGGCAGAGACGAGCCACAUCUACGGAGGACUAGCUUCAGAGGCAAACCUGGCAGCUAGAGAACAGAAGCACUACCAGGAAAUCGUUCAGAGGAAGAACUUGGAG